CCAACCCAAACAAAAAUUCACUCAGCCCAUACAAAAAAAAAUCAAACAGGGCUUCGAGAGGGAGAAAGCGAAGGAGAGUGAGAUUGAAACCCUAGAAUCCAUCGCCACCGCCAUCGCCAUUGCCACCGCCACCGCCACCGCCACCACCGCCGCCAUUCAUCUCUGCCAUUGUUACCGUUAUUGUCUCCUUCAUCGACACAUCACCGCUGGAGUUAUGAAUGAAGGACAAGGUAAUCGUGGAGCCUCUCCUCUGCUUCUGCGUCGUCUUCCCCAGCGGGUUCUUCCGCUGGUUCUGCUUUUUCUCCGGUGGCUUGAAGAACUCAAAACGCAGUUUCAGCACAGACGCGGUGGCACUGGCGGAGCAGAUCUGGAAGACGAGUGAGCGGGAGUCUCUAGAAGCUUCGAUUGAAGCUGCGAUAGUGUGAUCGAAGCUAUCAAAUCUUAUUGAACUAAUUCUCAUGUCAUUCCAAGUCAUUGAGGGCCUGCUAUGGUGUUUUGAGGUUUGUUAUGGAAAAUGGCGCCAAGGGAUGCGAGGUCAUCGUUAGUAGCAAGUUGAGGGCUGAGCGCGCUAAAUGCAUGAAGUUCAAGGAUGGGUACAUGAUUUCCUCAGGGCAACCAGUCAAGGACUACAUUGAUUCUGUGUAAAACAUGUACUCCUUAGGCAGGGACUUGGAUAAGAAAUGUUGCAGAUGAGUAACUUCACAAAGCUUUCACACGCAUAUACGAGCAAGUUGCAGCUUAAAGUGGAUCACUUGCUGGAAGAGAAUGCAAGACUCAAGAGACAGCAACAAACGGUAAAUUUAUUUCUGAGGUUUCAUGCUCCAAAGAAUGUAUCAAGAAAAAGGGGACUUAUGCUCAAGCUAACAAGCCUGCAUCUGCUGAUGAUGAAGAUAUGGACCCCACUGUUGGAAGAGUUUGCUUGCUGUAACAGAUUAGCUUACAAGGGAAUUGUAAUUAUUCAGUUUUUAGAGCAAAAUAAGCAAAAAUUUUCCGGUACCACUGAUUUUGGUCUAAUGAAGAUAGAUGAUAAAGGAAGGAUUCUCUCAUUCAGUGAAAAGCCCAAAGAAAAAGACCUAAAAGCAAUGGAAGUAGAUACAACUGUUUUUGGGCUUUCAAAGAAAGAGGCUGUAAAGAAACCAUACAUUGCUGCUAUGGGUGUGUAUGUAUUCAAGAAGGAGAUACUUCUGAAUCUAUUAAGAUUAUGCUUCUAAAAGUCGUUGCAAUAGUUAUGACACCAAGAGACAGUUCAAGGCGAAGACAAUGGCUCGGAUUGUGGAAGGUGAUGCAGGGAAAGUAAUUUGCAGGAAAGCAGAUAGGAUCAAACUGCGGCUGUAGUUUUGGGAUCAAGAGGCAGAAGCUUAAUUCAAAGUGUGCUACAGAGAAGUGUUGUAGAGUACUGCUUCCACCACUGCAAAGCAGCACCUGUUGUCAUUGUUCCUGGAAAAGAUGCUAGAGAUGUAUCAAUAUUGUAGUGAAGCUUUGUACGUAUGUCAAUUGGCCUUGUUAAUAUAUCUAAUAGUCAUGUUUAGUGAAAUGAAGAUUGGUUCUAACUCAUUUUCACCAAGAAUAGAGAUGUUUUCCUUGCAUAUGUUCACAUGUUAACCACUAACAUGUUAUUAAUUCAAUGGCUUAGUAACUCAUUUUUUCA